AUGUCUGAGGUGACAAUACAUCCUCGGCCCAUUGGUCGUACCGGCGCUCAGAAGAAGAACAGCAUGAGAGGUGGUCGAAGGCCCAAUUACAACAUCAUUCAUCGCAACCUCCUCCCAGUCGAAGUUCACCCUCUACCUCCUCUCAUCCCUCACAAUCCGCUUUCACUCGUCUCGAUAGCCCUUUCAUACAUCAUAUCAGUCCUCGCACCACCAAAGAGAAAGGUUUACAAAGGCUACUUCUCCUCUGCCACUUCUAGCAUCCACAUCACCGACCAUGAGACCCAGCGCGCCUUGUGGGAGCAGGGUUUCUUCGGUCGUGGCAGUCUGAGCAGAAGUGAGCCGACUUGGCUAGAGACAAGGAAGAAGGAAGGCGUGACAGCAGAAGAGAACACAGACAAGAGACGUAGAGAAAGGCGCAACUUCAAGAUCGAGCGAGCAAAGGUUGAGCAGGCUGAGAUCGAGAAGGAUUUGACCUCGUCCAAGCAUGACGAACGCCGACCUAGGCAGAUACUACAAAUUUCUCGAAGUGUACCUAAUGUAGAGAAUCUGAAGACUAACGCACAUGAUAUGCAUGGUAUUGACGGUAUUCUGAAUAGCCUGUUACCUCGACGAGAUCCUACUCUACCACAAUUUCGCCCAGACGCGAUUGAGAAACCAUCGAUCAUCGCCAUACCUUCACCAAAGAUUCUCGACCUCAAAGAAGAAGAUGGUAUGCUCAGGGCAAAUGGACACGUCAAUGGAAGUGCGAACGGUGCUAUCGAUGGUUUUGAGGACUGGAAGAAAGCAAUGGACAGGAAUGGGUUGCCAACACCACCUUCGACCUCUCCUCCCUCUGAAACUAGUCAAGCAGAGAAGUUCGAUCGCCCUGUCAGAAAAUUGCAACGCCAGAAGACAGUUCGCUUCUCACCAACGAUCGAGGCCCGAGAGUUCGACUUAUCCAGUCCGGUAAUUUCACCUAUCAAAGCUCCAGGCAGCAGUCUAGCCCAGGAGAACAAGACGUUACAGAAGGUACAGCAGAUUGACAACGCGAUUAAGGAGAAUAAUCAAGAACAUCUGCAGAUAUCGUUGGAGGAGGCCUUCUUUCUCACAUAUUCCUUGGGCAUCCUGGAAGUUCAUCCCUCACCAUCAACCGAUCCUGAACACUCAGGAGAAGCUCUUCCACCCUCAAGCCUUCUUUCACUGUUCCGACGCCACUCCUUCUUUCCGCCACGAAGCUUGUCGAUGGCCUCGGAGCCCGAUGAUCCAUUCAUGUUAUCCUACGCUGCAUAUCAUCACUUCCGCUCCAUGGGCUGGGUCGUCCGUUCAGGCAUCAAAUUCGGCGUCGAUUACCUAUUGUACAACCGUGGUCCAGCAUUUUCGCAUGCUGAAUUUGCUGUGAUCAUCAUUCCGUCCUACUCGGAUCCACAUUGGAGCGAUACCGAACAGCAGAAGAAGAGCAUGGAAAGCAAGACGAGAAAAUCUUGGUGGUGGCUGCAUGGCAUCAACCGAGUUCAGGCUCAGGUCCUCAAGAGUUUGGUCUUGUGCUAUGUUGAGGUUCCACCACCUAGUGCAUUGAAGAUUGAGAAGGGUGCUGCAGCAGACAUCAGUGCGCUGUUCUCAAAGUACACUGUUCGAGAUGUCAAUGUGAAGAGGUGGACACCGAACCGUAGCAGGGAUUAG